GGACCUCUGCUCUUUAGGUGCUGCUGGGAUUGACAGAUGAGGAUUUAGAGCUGGGUCUGGGAGUCAGUAACCUCCUCCAUCGCAGGAAGCUGAGACUGGCCAUCGAGGAUUACAGAAGAGCGGAGGGGGAUCAGGGACUGUCGAAAGCCUCUGAGAUGGAUCAUCACUGGGUGUCCACCUCCUGGCUGAGUGACGUGGGCCUGCCUCAAUACUCUCAGACCUUCCAGAGUAACUUAGUGGACGGACGAGUGCUGAACUCUCUGAGCCGCAGGGACCUGGAGAGGUUCCUCAACAUCGGGGACCAGUUCCACCAGACAAGCCUUCUGCUGGCGAUCCAGCUGCUGCAGAUUCUCAGCUUUGAUAAAGAGGCCCUGCAGGCACGACGGGCAAAAUGUGAGCACCAGGACUGGGAUCCCAUUGUUUGGACAUGUCACCGAGUAAUGAAGUGGAUCAGAGACAUAGACCUCAAGGAGUUUGCAGACAAUCUUCAAGGUAAAGGGAUUAACGGGGCUGUGCUGGCUCUGGAUCCCUCCUUCGACACUGACGCCAUGGCCAAAGCCCUGUGCAUCCCCGGCAACAAGCACAUGCUGCAUCGGCACCUGUAUGAAGAGAUGAAAUCCCUCGCUGUUCAUCACAGCAAUUCAGAGCAGUCCAACGAAGUCAUCGGUUCUUCUUCUCCUGUGGCUGUUAACCGCUUCGCUGAGGAGAGGGCCUCCAUGAGAAGAACUGGGAAGAGUCCGCUGAGGUUACGUGCAAACAACCACUCGGUGGAGCGGAGCCUGGGCUUCCACGGCAGCUGUGGGUCUCUGCCCAGAGAGGCCAGGGUUCAGGCUGUUCCUCGGGCCAGAGGCAGCCCCAUGCACACCUACAAGGGCGUGGAAAUCACAAACGUCUGACCCCGCCAUGGAAAUGCUCAUCAUUGUUUACAUUGUUGUCGUGCUAUGCUCGUUUACUACUGAGAGAAACCUACGCUCAGCACUUCAGAGGCAGUUGUCGUGUAGCGUAUUAACACAUCAUUUAAUUAUUCAAAUCAUUUUGGCCUGCAUAGAAAUCACACAUUCCCCCCCGAACAGACACAUGUUGUUGUAAAUAUAAAAGAGAGGAAUCACUUUGGGAACAUAAAGUUCUGUUUUCAACUGAAUUUCCAAAUUACUUUCAUAUUAUGACUGUAGAAAAAACUGUAAUGUUGAUAAUAACUGUAUAGCUGUACAGUGUUUUUCUCCUUUGAUGCCUUACAUGAAAUAGGUCUCAUAUUUAUAUAUAUCUUCACGGCACUUCUCUGGUUGCAGUCAACUAUUUUCAACAGCUCAGCCCUUUUUUGUUCACAUAUUAAAUGAAGAAUUAUGCCUUAGGUAGAGAAGCAGACAUUAUAAUAUGCUCUCACAGCAGAGACACUGUACAUAUCCCCGUUUAUCUUCCGAGGACUGUGUCAUGUCAGCAGCUCUCUGCGUCUACGGGCGAGAUGUUUGAGCCAGAGUUUCUGGCUCAAAUCCGGUCCUCUACCUCUCUGUGACCCCCC